UAAUUAAGAGUCGUACUAAUUCAUGCACUCAUUAAGAAAUGUCACCUUACUCUGUUGUCAUUGAAGGUAUUUAACACAAUGGCUGUGAGUGAGACACUGAGCGAGCCACUGGCUGUGCCGCAGGGCGAGUCGGAGUUCCGUGACAAGCUCACGCCAAUCUCCGUGGGCCUCAACCUCAGCCUGGAUGAGCAGGCGAGGCGGGGCCCUCACGGCCUCCACCCCGUCCUCCACCCCUCCAGCCCGCAGCACGUCAGCAAGCAGGCCUACAUCUUGCUUGACUGUGGUGAGGACAAUGUCUGCAUCCCCAAGCUGAAGCUCUCGGUCACGUGGGACCGCAAGGCGCUGCUGGUGGGGGAGGAGAACCUGGUGACGCUGGCGCUCGUGGCACGGAACGCGGGCGAGGGCGCCUACGAGGCGGAGCUCGUCCUCGUGCUGCCCCCCGAGGCCGACUACGUGGGCAUCGUCCGCAACGAGUCGCUGACUUUGCUGAGCUGCUCCUACAAGGCUGAGAAUGCAUCCCGGAGCGUUCUGUGCGACCUGGGCAACCCCAUGGCCGGCCAGAGCAGCAUAGCGCUGGGCCUGCGAUUCAGCGUCAAGCGGCUGGAGCAAGCGGGGCCCAACGUCACGUUCGAGGUGCACGUCAGGAGUGCGAACCAGGAGGCCCACGAGCACGUGUUUGAGGCUGUGACGCUGCCCGUCAGGGUCUCCGCUCAACUCGACCUCC